UGCAGCACCCCAAUGUUGGGGUAAUUUGUGUAGCCGGUAUGAACAACCGGGAGUUCAGCGUAGCGUAUACCUGGAGCAGCAUAGCAACGCACGGUAAAAUGGAUGGGAGUUGCUCUUCAUAUCUCGCACACACACUUUGCGAAUGUGGAUUUUGUGUGUAGAAAAAAAAACGUGUGAGUCAAGUGUUUUCCAAAGUCAACAUCGAAACACGGAUUAACCUUGGGAGCAGUUAGUUAGCAAACGUUAGCUCUAACUUUGAAAAAGAACCUGUUCUAUGUGCAAUUUUCGUCAUUAUCUUCAUGGAUUCAUCUUGUUUACCUUGUGACAUUUUACUAGAAUAUGCCAGACGGUAGCCAGCCCACAAUGGAUAUAAAUUUUGAUGAUUUUGACUACGAUGGUUCUCCCGGUUCGGACAGUAAUUUCAUCACUCCUGUUGAUACACCAUUGGGAACCGGGAAGAAAGGACAACUUAAUUCCAGAUAUCAGAGUUUUUCAGGGUUAUCUCAUCUAUCUAGUCGGAGUACAUUAGUAUCAGCAUCUGAUUCACAGCUUGAAGAUGGAGAGAUAGAAGAUGGGGGUAGUGCAAAUGUCAGUGUGGUUGUAAGAGUACGGCCUCUUAGUGAUCAGGAGACCAAGAGGGGAGAUCGCAAUGUGGUCCUUGUACAAAACCCGCAAAGUCUAUUGGUGGAAGCAGAUAAAAACAAACAGUUCACCUUCAACCAUGUCUUUGAUGGGGAAGCUACACAGCAGGACGUCCUGGAGGAGUGUGGCAUGAAGAAGCUUGUUGACAUGGCCCUCGAAGGCUACAACUGCACAGCCUUCGCCUAUGGCCAGACAGGGUCCGGAAAGACGUUCACCAUCACAGGGCCACUGAAAUCGGAUGGGCAACGUUAUCAGAAUACGAGUGCAUGGGGUUUGAUCCAACACUCUCUAGUCUACCUCUUUGAUAUGAUCAGACUCAGAACGAAGGCUUCUUUCUUCAUCAAAACAUCAUACUUAGAGAUCUACAAUGAACAGGUUAAAGACCUUCUGAAUCUAACGGGUAAAGACUCUUUACCAGUGAGGUGGUCCAAGGAUAAAGGGUUCUACGUUGAGAAUCUUUUCACCAUGGAAUGUGAAACACUAGAUGAUAUGAUAGCAGUACUUGAGGAAGGUUUAAGUCAGAAGGCAAUAGCAACAAACAAUGUAAAUGAGCAUUCCAGUAGAAGUCACACCAUCUUGUCCAUCUCUUUAGACUCUGAAUUGCCGGACCCUGAUGAUAAUGACCUGUACAUCACCAAGCAUGGCAAGCUAAGCUUCGUGGAUCUGGCCGGCAGUGAGAAGGUUAAGGAGCUGGGCUCCUCCUCCGAACUCCUCUCAGAAACCACCAACAUCAACAAGAGUCUUCUCACGUUAGGUAAUUGCAUCUCAUCAUUGAGCGAUAAUAGGAAGCGAUCAGGUCACAUUCCAUACCGGGACAGCAAACUCACCAAGCUAUUAGCUGACAGCUUAGGCGGUACAGGUAUUACACUCAUGAUUGCCUGCAUAUCACCAUCCUCAUACUGCCUGUCCGAGUCCAUCAAUACAUUAAGAUAUGCAGUCAGGGCACGCAGGAUCAAGAACAAGCCUGUCAUUAGAAUGGAUCCCAGAGAAAAACUCAUCACAAGCCUCAAACGGGAGGUGCGUCUACUGCGAUCCGAAAACCAGUACCUGCGCCAACGCCUAGAAUUCCCUGGCACCGCCCAGCCCUCCAUCAGGCCCCUGCAAGGAGCUAAUAAUAAUAACCAACAGCAGCAUCAACCCCAAGCCAUCGUCAGCAGGGAGGAGUCCUUGAACGAUGGGGAUCUGACACCGGUACCCAAUGGGAGGAUGAUGGUGGAGGAGCCCAGGGUAGAGAGGAUGGAGGCUCCGGUGGAGGGCUCGAGGGGAAGAGGAGGAGGAGGAGGAGGAGGAGGAGGCCGAGGUGGAGGGCAGAAGGAACCUGCACCAGGGCAGAGGGAUUCAAAUACUCAACCCAAGUCAGCGGCUGAUAACAGCUUGUAUGAGAUGCUCCAGGAGUACAUGGUAGAGAAUGAGACGUUGAGAUCAGAGAACUCUGACCUCCAUUCGGUCAAGGAGAAAUCAAGAAGAGAUCAGAACUCGGUGGCCAGAGAGAACGAUAGACUACUCAAGAAACUUGAAGAGCUUGAACGGGUGUUCACUACAUCGCCUUACUCCCUGCCCAGCACCUUCAACUCCAGGACGUCCUCCGGCCAGUCCAUCGGUAUGCGGGGCAACAACCAGCCCUCACCACUGGGCCAGCUACAGCACCAGUCACCUCCCCUGAAGACCCAGCAGCGCUCACCCCAAGGCCAGUCUAAUGGUCUUAAUACGCACCAGAGCUCACUGGAUAGGAGACGGUCUGAUGGUAGCCCAUGGAGACUGCAGUCAGGCGAGCUACCUCCAGUGGACAGCUUAAAGGGUAUCCCUGACAACUACCGGUCAUCUCAACAGCAGCAUCCAUCCCAGAGGGACGCCCCGCCCACCCAGCGGUCAUUUCCUUCCGUGUCCACCCAGCCUCCCCACCACCCCCCUCCUACCAACCAUAGCUUCCCCAGGGCGCACACCAACCAGUCAGGGAUGACGAGUAGUACCCAUCCCACCAUGGGCCAAAGCCAUCCUUCCACCCAUAGAGGGUCUAAGAAAGGAGGUGAGAGCCGUGUCUCCAAUACCAGCCAGAGCUACCCUCCCCCAGCUCCAGGUAGCCUCCAGGGCUCCUACACCGGCUCCAUGGGGGCCCUCCAUGAGGACCACCACCAGCAGGCUCCUCCACCACCUGUCAGUAAGAGGGAUACCUCCAUGUCCGUCAGGUCCAGCCUCAGCAACCCUUCCGUCAUCAGCCAACCGCAGUCCACCAAAGCGGAUAUCUACAUUCCAAGCGCCCCUUCCACCGGCCAAACAAACGACUCUGGUCCUUGGAGAGGAGACCCUGCAAACCGUCACGACCUCCAGACCAUCGAGGAGACCGGGGCGCACCCUCCUUCCACCUUCAGGAACCCAUCCCUCCCCAACGGCACAGCCAACGUGGGCGGUAGCCAUAGCAACGCCAGCCUCCGCAAGCCCCCCAGCAAACCCGUCUCGACCGCCAACACCGCAGCUACAGGGUACAGCAACAAGACGAAGAAGACAAAUGCGUGGUCUGGCGCAGGGGGGAAUGGGACAGGAGGGGGAGGAGGAGGAGGAGGAGGAGGAGGGGGGAGUCAGCCGAGUAAGACGGCUACAGCAGCAAGCAGCGUACCUAUCAACAGCAUCCCCAAGACACCUGCCGUCACACCGCCGGUAGUCAAGUACAAGCCUCAAGGCAGCAACAAGAUGUUAGCAGCUGCAACCAACAACUUAGACAUCAACUACAAAGGACCAAACUCUGAUUCAUUGAAGGAUCUGAACCAGAAGUUAAGAGAAGAGCUACAAGCGUUAGAUGGUGAAAUAGAGUACAUGAAGUAUGUAAAUAAGAACAAACCAAAUGCCCCAGCAGGCAAAGGAAAGAGGAGGUAGCACCAUAGGGCAUUUCAAUGAGCAUUGUCCGAGACUGUGCCCAAGUUUCCCCUAGAUGAGAUGUAAAGGUUAAGCCUAUACCUAUAUGCUGCAUGCCAUGAAGAAGAGGUCACAUUCUGGAAUGCCUGAGCUGGGAAAGGAACAAGAAGAUAGCACUCAAAAGAGCAUUUCUGAGACUGUGCUCAAGUUUCCCCUAGAUGAGAUGUAAAGGUUAAGCCUAUACCUAAAUGCUUCAAGCUAUGAAGAAGAGGUCACAUUCUGGAAUGCCUGAGCAGGGAAAAGGAACAAGAAGAUAGCACUCAAGAGAGCAUUUCUGAGACUGUGCUCAUAUCUUCCCUAGAUAUGAUGUAAAGGUUAAGCCUAUACCUAUAUACUGCAAGCUAUAAAGAAGAGGCCACAUUCUGGAAUGCCCGCGAUGGGAAAGGAACUAGAAGAUAGCACUCGAGAGCAUUGUCUGAGACUGUGCUCAAAUCUUUCCUAGAUAUGAUGUAAUGGUUAAGCCUAUAACCUAUAUACUGCACGCCAUGAAGAAGAGAACACAUUCUGAAAUGCCUGAGACUGUACUCAAAUCUUCUCUAGAUAUGCUUGGGAGGAUGGAAGAAUGUUUUGUCAUGUCAUGAGAUUGUAUUUUGUUAUAGAUGUGAUACAGAACUGUCAGGGUGUUGUUAUCUCUACUGAGCGAAGCAGCAUUGCCUGCUCAAAUUGGCACCAGUCAUAUUUUUUCCUCUGUAAGAAAUGAUUUAUAAUAACAAUCGUUUGCUGACUAUGAUUUGUAUGUGUGCAAUGCUAUUAUUGUUAAAAACCGUCCAGUGUAGAACCUGAAUUUGAGGAACAGCGCAUUUUUUCGUUUACACCUUGAAGUAACUUUGCUCUUUCUGUUUUGUUUUGUCAUGUGUCAUGCCGUGCAUUGAAGAAUUAUAUGUAUCAUUUAAAAUGUUUUAUUUAAAAUUGUGCUUUUCUCUGAAAUCGGCAGUAGAUUUAUCAUAGUUCCGUCCAACAUUGCUUCAUAAAUUCCACAGGUGGAAUGUACACUUAGGUCUUUCUUGUCGUAUAUGUGCACAAAAUAUGUAAUAAUAAGAAACAAGCCUUUUCUUAUAUAUAUAUAGAUAUAUCUAUUGAAUUCAACUACUUAUUGUAUACAUCGCAGUAUAGCUGCAUUAGGAGUACAAUAUCAUUACCUUUAUUUUGAAAUAUUGGGUUAAUGGGUACCUCUCUUACAGAAAUACAUUGAUUAAUAACAAAAGUGUCAUCAAACUAUAAUUUUACAUUGAUUUCUACUUACAUGCAUACAUAUAUGUAUAAUUAUUUUGUAUUAAGUGCAAAUCCCAAUCUCAACUGAUCAAUGUACUUUACAUGGAUGGAAUCAAAAGAAUUAU